UCUGAAUUUAUUUAUAACGUUAAUCGUCUUCCAUGUAAAUAUAUUUUUCAGACUCAUCUAUUUAUUUAAUUGUGCCUCCAACUCCCAACUUUCACGAUCCGUUCUUGAAUGCAGUAGUUGCGCCCCCUGCUGGAAAGAGCUAAAUCUUAUAUAAAUACAUCCCUUGUAGAAACUGGGGAGCCGGAGAAAAUCUUUCAAGGUAGUCAGAAAGCAGGAAGUUCCUAGAGGAUUUGUGAUAAUGAUGAGCUAACCACGCCCCUGUAGCACGUGAACCAAGAAGUGUAAUUGUCCUCGCUAUAAACUGUUUGCUAGCUUCGUUUAGCCUGACUCUGCACCUGACAGGGGGAGGAUGGAAACUCUGAAAGACUUGGUAAAGGGAGUGAUGGUGGAGAGCCAGACAGCGGUUCUGUUAACCUCUGUUGCCUGCGGGGUGGGUGCCCUGCUGAUGGUGGUGCAGACUGUUACCGGGAACCGGGCAGCGAAGGACAAGAUCCAAAGAGCCAGGAGUAGGAGGACCGAGAGCCUGCAGCGAGCUGAGCAGGAGGUGCUCCGGUACAAACAGUUGCAUCCAUCCUGUGACUCUGCUGCCAUAUUGUCACUGUCGUUGUCUGAGUUGACAAAGCAGCUGCAGGAAGGUUCACUGUGCCCCGAGGAUGUGUUUUACUCCUACAUGGAAAAGGCUCUGGCUGUGCACAAGGAGCUGAACUGCUGCACAGAAAUUUUGCUGGAGAGUUUUGACCAACUGAGAACAUUUGGCUCCAACAAGGACGGCCUGCUGUAUGGUGUUCCUAUCAGCAUUAAAGACAAUGUUUCAUACAAGAACUAUGACUGCACCUGCGGCGUGCUCAUAAAUCUGAGCAAGCCAGCCAAGAAGGAUAGUGUGAUUGUGGAAGUACUGAAGAAACAAGGAGCCAUUCCUUUCACAAAAACCAACCUGCCACAAGCACUAUUAAGUUAUGAUUGCAGUAACCCCAUCUUUGGACAGACGGUCAACCCUUACAAUCCCCAGAAGACCUCUGGAGGUUCCUCUGGUGGGGAGGGGGCGCUGAUUGGUGGAGGGGGCUCCAUUCUUGGCAUUGGCACCGACGUAGGGGGGAGUAUCCGCAUACCUGCCGGUUUCUGCGGCAUCUGUGGCUUUAAACCCACAACAGGCCGACUCAGCUCGCAGGGCAUUGUUCCCAUUUUCCGAGGUCAAAAGUGCGUGCUUUCAUCUCCUGGACCCCUGGCGCGGGACGUGGACAGUUUAGCUCUGUGCAUGCAGGCUCUGCUCUGUGACCACAUGUUUUCCUUGGACCCAACUGUUCCCCCUUUACCCUUUAAUCUUCAGACAUACCAGAGCUCCAAGCCUCUCAGAAUCGGUUACUUUGAACAAGAUGGGUACACGCAGUCUCCUCCGAGCAUGAUUCGCGGCCUCAGAGAGGUCAAAGCUCUGUUGGAGCAGGCCGGGCACACAGUGGUGCCUUAUGAACCUCCGAGGGUGAGUUAUGCUAUCAAUGAACUCAUCAUGAAGGGCGUGUUUGCAGAUGGAGCUGCCACCUUGCUACAAAAACUGAAGGGAGAGCCUGUGGACCCCUGCUUCAAACCUCAGAUUAUUAUGUACUCCAUCCCUUACUGGAUGAAGAGAAUCCUCAUAUUCCUGCUGAAGCCCUUUUCUCGUCGCAUCCCUCCUGUUCUCAGCGCCCUCUGCGGAGUCAGUUCCCCCUCGGACAUUUGGAAGCUGCAUGCUGAUGUUGAGGACUACACUCUGGAGACGAUAGCACACUGGAGGAAAUGCAACAUAGAUGUGCUGCUCUGCCCCAUGAUUGGACCGGCCUUCAACUUCUUGUACUGCGGCAAACUCACAAAUCUCUCCAGCUUAACAAUGAUAUACAAUGUCGUUAAUUUUCCGGCCGGUGCUGUCUCCGUAUCCACGGUGACGGCUCAAGACGAGGCGGAUCUUGAGCAUUUCAAGGGCCUUUAUCAGGACUCCUGGGACAAGUUGCAGAAACUGGCUGUGAGCGGCGCUGAGGGUCUGCCCGUGGCGGUGCAGUGCGUGGCCCUGCCGUGGCAGGAUGAGCUCUGUCUGCGUUUCAUGAAGGAGGUGGAACAGCUUGUCAAACACAAGAAAAACUGAAUCAGCUCGCUGAUUUUUCUGGAUCCAAGAGCUGGAUUCAGCUUAAUUGCACUACAAUGUUUGAUAAAGGUUCUGGUUUUUACAUAUGGUUUGUAAAGCAAAAUCUGUUGAGCAUGUUAAGGUAGUUUAAACAAAUAAAUCAAUUAUUAAAGUGAUUAAUGUUUGCUUUAGAGUAGCGCAGUAGUUUGUUGAACGGCACGGUCAUUCUCCUUCAGAGUAAUGAACGAACUGACACUUUUUUGGUUUUCAUUUUUGGAACUAGAAAAAUCUACUCAAUCUGUUAACAAAUCAUGUCUGUUUCCUGUGUACCAGUGCUAAACACAUAGCUAAUUUAGACAUUUUUUUUCCUCUAGUUUAAAGUUUUCUUCAUGACUUUUUCACCAUAGAUAUUUAUGUACAUAAAUAUGCUGAUUAUUAUAAACAUAACAUGGACUUCAUGAACAAGCCCAACAACAGUCUGUGUUAGUGAGUGAACAGCUCUUUGGGGGACUGCAGAGAGGCUCAGUCUCUUAUCAACAAAAGCAUAAAAUGUAUUGAGCAUGCUGCAUUUUGUAUUGCUCUACUGAUAUUUCAGACCUUUUGAUAAGCGAUAUGUGAAUGAAAGCGAGACGUGAAACAUGCACAUUAAUCCACGUUGUAAUAUGUUUUGAAAUAAAUGCAUUUGAGAAAA